CUUUGGUGACAAGUGUGUGAGCGGAGUGGCGGGGUGGUAUGCAUGUGUGUGCGUGCGCCAGGUAGUGUUAUGAACUUUGUGUUUGUAAGUGUUGUCUGAAGCACCCUUUCGCCGUUGCCGCGAUGGCGCUGCGAAAGGUUAAAGGAAAUUUGGAACGAAUGUUUGAUAAGAAUUUAACAGAUUUGGUGAGAGGUAUUAGAAACAACAAGGACAAUGAGGCCAAGUAUAUUGCCCAGUGCAUUGAAGAAAUUAAGCAAGAACUUCGCCAGGAUAACAUAGCAGUGAAAGCAAAUGCUGUCGCUAAACUGACAUAUCUCCAAAUGCUGGGAUAUGACAUCAGCUGGGCCGGAUUUAACAUAAUAGAAGUAAUGAGCUCAUCAAAAUUUACCUACAAAAGAAUUGGUUAUUUAGCAUCAUCACAGUGCUUCCACGCAGAUACGGAGUUGCUUAUGUUAACAACAAACAUGAUUCGCAAGGAUUUAAAUAGUCAAAAUCAGUAUGAUGCUGGAGUUGCACUGUCAGCACUUUCCUGUUUUAUUAAUGCUGAUUUGUCAAGAGAUCUUGCAAAUGAUAUAAUGACUCUUCUCACUUCAACAAAAUCAUAUCUUCGUAAAAAAGCAGUUCUUAUGAUGUAUAAGGUUUUCUUAAAAUUUCCUGAAGCUCUUCGACCAGCAUUUCCCCGUCUUAAAGAGAAAUUGGAAGACACUGAUUCAGGUGUGCAGUCAGCUGCUGUAAAUGUAGUUUGUGAACUAGCUCGCAAGAAUCCAAAGAAUUAUCUGAGUUUAGCACCUGUAUUCUUCAAGCUGAUGACCACUUCUACUAACAACUGGAUGCUUAUAAAGAUUAUUAAAUUGUUUGGUGCUCUGACCCCUUUGGAACCUCGGCUUGGUAAAAAAUUGAUAGAACCUCUUACAAAUCUCAUCCACAGUACAUCUGCAAUGUCUCUGCUGUAUGAGUGUAUCAACACUGUAAUUGCAGUACUGAUAUCCAUUUCUUCAGGGAUGCCCAACCAUAGUGCCUCUAUUCAGCUGUGUGUCCAGAAGCUCAGGAUACUAAUCGAAGAUUCGGAUCAGAAUUUGAAAUAUCUUGGAUUGCUGGCAAUGUCAAAAAUAUUGAAGACUCACCCUAAGUCAGUCCAGGCUCAUAAAGAUCUAAUUAUGCAGUGUUUAGAUGACAAAGAUGAGUCUAUAAGGCUUAGGGCUCUCGACCUCCUGUAUGGAAUGGUUUCAAAGAAAAAUUUGAUGGAAAUAGUGAAAAAGUUGAUGAUACAUAUGGACAAAGCAGAAGGAACAACAUACAGAGAUGAAUUACUGUCCAAAAUAAUCCAGAUAUGUUCACAGAACAAUUAUCAGUACAUAACUAACUUCGAAUGGUAUGUGAGUGUCUUGGUUGAAUUAACACGUAUGGAAGGAAGCCAACAUGGGUCACUAGUUUCUUCCCAGAUGUUAGAUGUAGCGAUACGUGUGCAGGCAAUUCGUCCAUUUGCUGUUCAACAGAUGGAGUUGCUGUUAGAAAAUGCACAUUUUCUGACAUCUGGUACUGGUCAGAGUUCGACAAUGGCAGAAGUACUGACAGCCGCUGCCUGGAUCUGUGGAGAGUUUCCAGAGUACUUAAGAGAUCAGCAGAGUACUUUGGAGGCAAUGAUACGAAGCAGAGUUUUUGGAUUACCAGGACAUAUUCAGGCUGUGUAUGUUCAGAAUAUAUUAAAACUUUUUGCAAGUAUUUUUGUGCAGGCAGAACAGAAGAAAGAUGUGGAAAGAAUAUCUAAGGUUUGCAAAAUGAUUGCCAGUAAUCUCCCCCAGUUUGUUUCCAGUGCAGAUUUGGAAGUUCAAGAACGCUCCAGCUCAGCCCUACAGUUGGUGCUUUACAUAGAGAAGCUUGUGAACAGAGGAGAUUUAGACAUAGCUGGUGAAUUAGCAGCUUUAUUUAUUGGAGAACUAAACCCUGUUGCACCAAAGGCUCAGAGAAAAGUUCAAGUACCAGACGGACUUGACCUAGAUGCUUGGAUCAAUGAUCCACCAUCAGAAUCAUCGGGAAGUGGUGACGACGAAAAUGAUGAAGGUUUUGUAAAAGUUACUGAUAUCUUUGUUAAGUCUGAUAAUUUAUCAGAAAGUUAUACAAAAGUCAUUCGCCCUCAGAAAGAACCGACAGAAGAAGAACUGCAAAAGUCACGAAGGGCACGAAAAUUGGAACAAGAAAAUAAUCCUCACUACCUCAAGCCUAGAAAAUCAAGCAUUGGUAAGAAGACUGAUGAACUGCUUGACAUACCAGUUGCCCAGUUAGAUAUUCCAGUCACCUUAAGGGUGCCAGGUUUGGCAUCCCCCGAUAAAUAUAUAAUGAAGAACUCAAAAACCCGUAGCAGAAAGAAGAAGAAAAUGUCCAAAGGUAAAAAACGUCUGUCCAGUGAAGAGGAGGAUUUGUCUCACCCAGUUCAUCUGGUGAAUACAGACAAGGGAGAAAUGCCGGAAGGAGCCCAAUCAUCUGAGGAUGACACAGAUACAAGGCCAAACGAUGAUCCCCACAGGGCUCUUGAUAUCAACUUGGAUGAACCUCUUCGAGAAGAUGAAACACUUGCUGUGCCACAUUCUCAUAGUGCCUCCAAUGUAUCCACUAAAAAAGAUUCCAAUGAUCUCAGUAAAAAGAAGUCUGUCAAAACUGAAGAAGCUAAAACUGUAAAAAAGUCAAAGAAGGGCUCUAAAUCUGGAGUUAAGAAGAAAAAAUCUGUACGACGUCAUCCCAAAGAGGCAGUGGAAGAUCAGUCGACAACUGCUGACAUGCUGACUCUGGAUGAACACUUGGAUAAGCCUCUGGUUGAACCAUUUACUACCAACCCAACAUCUGGGCUUCUGUUAGAAAGUGAAGGAAAACUAAUAACAACUGAAGCAAAUGGAAAAGAACCAAGUACUAAAAAAGAAAAAAAGAAAGCAAAAGAUGGGAAAAAAUCGAAGAGAAAAGUCAUCUCGAAGCUAAAAGAGGGCUAUGAAGAAGCAUCAGGAAUAUCAACUCCAUCAAAAGAAGUUGUGACUGAGCAGUCUAGUAGUGCAAUCACAGGAGGGGCAGGGACAGAAAUAAACCCUCCAUUCUCCUGCUUAUCAUCAUUCUCCAGACUGGCUAGUGACAACUCAGUGGAAAUGGUGUAUGGAACGAGCCUGUGUGAAACUGAUGAGGUGGCUAUAACUGUAGUGUUGAAGAAUCAGUCACCUUCUCUCUUGAAAGAAUUUUGUUUCUCAGUCAGCAAUACAUCUUUGGUGAAAUUAAUAAAACCAGAGCUAAAUGAUGAUUAUGGGUUAAAUCUUAAUUUGACCUUACCUCCCAGUGGCUCAACUGAAUUGCAGCUAUUUUUCCGAGUACUUAGUGUUGACCAGUCUCAUAAAUUACGGGGAACCCUUACUUACAUGGUUCAGUCAUCUGAUGACAUAUCAUCGCAUGAGAAGCUGGACUUCUGGGUCAACAUUCCAUGCUCAACUUUUAUGAUAGCCAGAGUAUGUGGAGCAGAUACAGUGUCUGAUCUACUUACAAGUGGGCAGCUUCCCUACCACAACUCAUUUCAUCUUAAGAAUAUCAUGCAAGACACAGCUCAGAUGAUAUCGCAGAUCUGUUUCCACUGUAAUUUUGUUCUUGUGGAGCAAAUUGAAAAUACAGCAUCUUUGUACAGCCGAUCAGUUGAUGGAUCUCAUAUAUGUUUGUUACUUAAGGUGGAUCGUUCGUGUACAGCAAUAUCAAUUGAUGGUAAAAGUGACAAUGAGGUGCUACUAAGCAAUAUCAUCAGUGAAAUAGAGAAACUACUUCAGCCUGGCUCUUGAUUACUUUUGUAAUUAAUUAAUGGGGGUCUGGGAUAUGAAUUGUUAUUUAGUCAAAGUGCUGACAUGAAUCUUCCUGAAUGAUUGAUUGUGUUUGUCCAGACAUGUUAUUCUUUUUUAUGUUCAUUAAAAAGUUUUCUACAUAAA